AUGAGUUACAGAAGGGAGCACCGAACUUCGAGAACAGCUCUCUUCGACGACGGGCUUGAAGAAGGCGGUCUUAGGUCAUCCUCUUCCUAUUCCCACGAAACCGACGACCAUGACAAUGACAAGGCUGUCCACACUUUGCAAGACAGAGUUCUUUUCCUCAAGAGACACCUAGUGAAGUUUCGCAAUGCUUUAUGCAUACAAAUUGCAAAUGCCGGAUCCAAUUCUCCUCUGCAUAUGAUGGAGCUGGGAAUGGAAGGGUAUGGGAUGUUUGAUUCAGAAAGGAGACUCCAAGCUCGAAAGCUGUGGGAUACUGUUGACUGUAGUGCUGUUAGACAAGUCUCCUUCAACUGA